CGAAAAAUAUUUCAUGUAACUUUCUCAAAUUGAAAGAAGUUCCCCUUUUUGGCGUUAAAUUGUGGACGGCUUGUUUUUGUCAAAUUGGGGUGAAGACUGUAUCUGUACGUUUCACCUUUGGAGUGGUGGUGAGGCACAUUCUCUGUAAUCCUUUUGUCUACAUGCGAAUGCCCCCAUUUGGUGAAGUACCUCCCUGGAAAAUAUGAAUGGCCCGAUUUUGAAAAUCUUCCUUUUCGCGGUGCUUUGCCAAUGCGCUGUGUUGGUCUCAAAGGGGGAGAUGCACCAACCUGGCGACUUGAAUAUAGACCUGUCGUACGAUGACAAAAAGAAAAAAGCGUUCAAGUUGCAGCUAAAGGGGGAGGCGGGAGCUUUGGACACCCCAUUAAUUAUUCUCCAGCCAAGGGAGGAUGUCCCCCCAGGCGAAUUGUAUAACAAAUUUUUGGAAGAAGUGGACGACCCCUCAAACAUAUCUGUGACGGACGUUUUACGCAACUUAGUGGACACCUUCGAACCGAUAGAGCAGAAGAGGUUCCUAGAUAGGUUUUUAGAUGAAGUCGACGCGCAUGUAAAAUUUUAUGAAAGCUUUUCCACCGAGUGAAAUUUGCGGUAGGGUUGGGGGAAGCGACAAAGGGGGGGUUCCUUUUUUUUUUUUUCAUCUUUUUCCCCUUUGCAGAAAAUGUUUGCACAGCAAUGCGGCAGUAAGUGUGAACAUGUGAGGGGGGUGAAUCUCCCACCGUUGUUCCUACCCCUGUCACUUCUGCUACUGUCGCCCCUACCACUGUCGCUAUCAUUGCUCUUCCCCCCGCGCGUACAUAUGUAGGCC